AUGGUUGCUGGACGCAACGAGCCAGGUACCGAACUCUAUCAACUUCAUGGCCCUCAUGGUCUCUAUAUAACUGAUGAUGAAACUAUCCUUAUUGCUGACAGAUGGAAUCAUCGUAUUGUGGAAUGGAAGAUGAAUGCAAAGAAGGGUCAAGUAGUCGCUGGUGGAGCAGGAUUUGGAAAUCGAAAUGAUCAGUUGAAUGGUCCAACAGAUGUGAUUGUCGACAAACUGACAAAUGCUCUCAUCAUUUGUGAUUCGUGUAAUCGUCGAGUGAUGCGAUGGUCUCGCCGAAGUGGUACUAACAGUGGAGAAACGCUUAUCGAUAAUAUUGAUUGUUGGGGACUAGCCAUCGAUAAUGAGAGAUAUCUCUACGUUUCCGACUGGAAAAAUAAUCAAGUGAUACGUAUACGCAUGGGAACAAAUAAACGAACAGUGGUAGCGGGUGGAAAUGGAACAGGUGAUAAUUUUAAUCAACUCUGCCAUCCUGGAUACAUUUUUGUCGAUCAGGAUCAUUCUGUUUACGUGUCGGAUAAGGAGAAUCAUCGUGUGAUGAAGUGGAUGAAGGAUGCGAAACAGGGAAUUGUUGUGGCUGGUGGGCUAGGACAAGGACAUACUCUGUCUCAACUACACUAUCCGAAUGGAGUGUGUGUUGAUGCUUCGGGCACAGUCUAUGUGGCAGACUAUGGGAACCAUCGAAUAAUGAGAUGGUACAAUGGAGAAAUAAAAGGAAAUACAAUUGUUGGCGGACGUGGACCGGGAGAGAGACUAGAUCAAUUGAAAUGUCCCGUUGGUUUGUCAUUUGAUAAACGAGGUAAACUCUAUGUUGUUGACUAUUUGAAUAAUCGAGUUCAACAGUGCUCAUUUGAAACGAGUUGAUGGUAUUUGUUUGUUAUAUUUUUCUGUGAAAAUGAAUAAAUUUGAUUCCUCUCGUCACUGAUACGACUACAAUUUGUUCUCAGUACUCUCUCGUCCUUGAAAACAACAUCCAUGUGUGCUCGAUUUGAGAGCAGUUCUCUGUAAUUCCCUCGACUGAAGGGAGGGUCAUACGAAAAAAACUUAAAAGCGUUUGUGGGGAUGUUUGUGCCGGGUCAAAAGAACACAAAGGUCAAAAAACCACUAGAUCACGAAAUCGGACUUUCACCGUGAGAAAUCACCCAAUCCGAGGUAUUCGGACUCGCUCUUUCGACCAAUCACAUUCUUUAGAGCUAAAAAACCGGCCAAUCAGGAACUUUCGACCUCGGGCUUUCGACCAAUCGGAUUCCUCCAAGCUAAAAAAGCAGCCAAUCAGGGGUUUUCGACCUCGGGCUUUCUACCAAUCAGAUUCUUCUAAGCUAAAAAACCGACCAAUUAGGAGUUUUCAGCACUAGGCAUUCAGCCAAUAGGAUUUUUUCAUCUUGAAGUUCCAGCCAAUUAGGGGUUUUUCCGUAUUGGGCAUUCAGCCAAUCAGAUUUUUUCAUAUUGAAAUUCCAUCCAAUCAGGGGUUUUCGGUAUUGGGCAUUCAGCCAAUAGGAUUUUUUCAUAUUGUAAUUCGAGCCAAUUAGUGGUUUUAACUUGAAGAAGCCAAUGUAAAACGGUAUUUGUAAAUGAGGUCACAACUUUAACAGUACAUGGAGAAUAACGAACUGUUGUUUUAAUGUAUUGAAAUAGUGGAGCGAUUAGCCAUGAGUGGCGCCCCGUAGGAGCGCGGAUGAACGACUAAUCACCGAUAUUGCAAGCGCAUUCCUCAUACGCUCUGGAAAAGAUCUAUAUGAAAGCUAGGUCCAUUAAGAAUACUGUACUAAGAUUCGCUUCAUUAGGAAUUCUAAUAAACUGUGACUUUUCAGCUAGACAAUUAGGUUGAAGAAAUAAGGAAUAGUUCAUAACAAAGUGUCGAUUCCGGCCUGCCCAUCGAGAAUUUUCAUGUUGUAAAUGUA